GCGGAGCCAAAGAGACUGCGGCGAACAACAUGGACUUGAGCUUAGAGAGGCUGAGUGUGAGCAGUUAGGACUGCUUGUAAAUGGUUUUACGACGAAUAUAGACUCUUCUGACAUUUAUAAAAAUGUACCGGUUCCAGCAAACUGGCUAACGUUUAGGAAAUAGUUUUAUAUAUAUUUAGCUUUAAGCGUUUUUUGUUUGUUUACAUCUGGGUGGCUUUGGGACUCAGUUCCAGAUGGAGUACUUAUUAGUGGUUAAAAUAUCAGCCCUAGUUGGCUUGUUAGUUCUUACUUUGCUGUUUGGUUUCAUUCCUGUUCAAAUUAAAUUUUUCAGACAAACCAGCGGAACAGGACUCCACAGGACAAUACUGAGUUUAAUCAGCUGCUUUGCCGGAGGAGUGUUCCUCGCUGCCUGUCUCUUGGACAUUAUCCCAGAUUAUCUGUCUGAUAUCAGUGAGCAGCUACAAGGCGCAGAUAUCGGCUAUCCUCUGCCCGAGUUCAUCAUGGCAUGCGGCUUCUUUAUCGUCCUCAUCCUCGAGAGGCUGGUCCUCACCUGUAAAGGACAAGGAGAUGAAGAGACGGCUCCUCUGCUCCCGUCUGCAGGUCACAGUCACUCUCAUACCCACCGCUCCAUAAACGACAUGGAGAGUAGCAGCCACCAUGUCCAUGUGGACCUGCAAGCGCAUUCAUCCUUCCGCUCAUUCAUGCUCUUCCUGUCUCUCUCCCUGCACUCUGUCUUUGAGGGUUUGGCUAUCGGCUUGCAAACGACUGAGACUAAGGUGUUGGAGAUCUGCAUUGCCAUCAUGGUCCACAAGAGCAUCAUCGUCUUCAGCCUCUCGCUAAAGCUGGUCCAAAGCGCCGUCCCUCCCAUGUGGCUCAUCAUCUACAUCCUUGUUUUUUCCAUAAUGUCACCGAUGGGCAUCGCCAUCGGCAUCGGGGUGAGUGAAGCUGAGCUACAGAUGGGGGCGUUAGUCCAGGCUGUGCUGGAAGGCCUGGCAGCGGGAACAUUCAUUUACAUUACAUUUUUGGAGAUCCUUCCUCAUGAGCUCAACUCUCCAGAGCGACAGCUCCUCAAAGUGCUCUUUAUCUUGUUUGGUUUCUCUCUCAUGGCUGGUCUCUGCUUCAUGGAUUAAGAAACUUAUGAGGGAUAUAUGGGACAUUGAGGAAGUCUUUAACUUAAUUUUUUAAUUGGUUAACAAGUUUUAAGAUUUAUAUUUUAUUAAUUUCCCAAUGAAACACUGAUAUUUUUCAAUUAAACUAGUGUUAACUUGAGCGUUAUGUCUUACAGUAACACAAUAAUCUCGAUCCAUACAAAUGUGCAAAGUGCACUCUUAGCAACCUUGACAACCAAAAACAAUCUAAUAAUUGUUUUAGCAAACAUCCAAUUUCAACGUUGAUUGAAUCUUUUUAGCUUUAGAAUCCAAUGUUAAAGGUCUAAUUUACAAUUUAUAACCUUGAUUUUUUACAUGAGGAUUUUAUUUUAUCAUCUAUUUACAAAUUGUCUAAAGUUCCCAAAGAGAUUAAAAAUGAUUUUAAUUAUUUUUAAGUAUUAUUAGCUUUUAGACAUCAGACAUUACAUGUUUGAUUCCCACCUUGGCUCUGUGCGCAUGGUGUUUACAUGUUCUCUUCGAACUUGGUGGGUUUCCUCCAGGUUCCUGAUUUCCUUUCACAAAUUAAAAUUAAUUGGUGUUUCAGAAUUGUGCGUGUGUGUGUGUGCGCCCUGCGAUGGAUUUGCACCCUGUCCAGGGUGUACCCCACCUCGUGCGCGAAACUCCUUAGGCUCGAAGCCUCCACAACCCUGUACUCAGUAUAAGUGGAAUAGAAGAUGAAUGAAUGAAUGAAAUAAUCAAGUCAUGAAUUCUGACACUGCCUGAUAUAUAUAUAUAUAUAUAUAUAUAUAUAUAUAUAGUAGCAUUAUAGUUUUCGAUCUGUUAGUUUUUCAAUUACAAUUUUUUUUACUCUUAGACCACAGCCAUAUGACAAUGCUAACAAUGCUGGGUUUUUCUAAAGGAUGUACUUUAUAUUGUACUUUAUAUCUGUUUAAACUUCCAUUUAAUGUUGGGGAAACUUAAAUUGUUAAAACAGAUUGUUAUCUUACUAAGAAAGUACUCAAUACUGAACACUUUUCAGUGUAAGAAAACUUUAAAGUAAAGCACUGAUACUUAAUAUUGUAAUGAUAAAUAACUGACAAAACUUCCCUAUAUCAAUUUCCAUAAUCUGGUUGUGUGGAGCAUCCUUGAUGGUAGCCUCUGUGUUAGUUAUUACGAUAGAAACAAAUACAAAUGCUGACAUUAUUGUUAUUAACUGACAUUUAGAACAUGUUAAUAAGCCCUGAUUUGCCACAUACAGUAGCAGAAGUUAUUGUCAGAAUUUUAAUAAGCAUUGUCUGAUUAUAUAAACACAAACCUACUGCCAAUUUUUACACAAAUUUCAGAGUGUUAUGUUUUUAUAGGUUUGAUUAAGAACUUAAUGUCUAAAAAAAACUUCUUCAGAUGAACAGUGUCAAAGCCUGAGCAGCUCAAAGCUCAGAACAAACACCAAUAAACAUGCAUGUUGUAUCGCUUGCAUUAUGCACUGUAUUGGUUGCGUUAUGCACUGUAAGGUAUAUGCAAGAUAUAAAAGUUUGCUGUGAAUGUUUCUAUAUCACUGUGGUGAUCUUGGUACAAGAUGGGAAUAAGUUUGAUUAGUUUUAUACAUGAUCAAUAAAUAUUUUAUGCUUAGA